CCAGGGAUUUAGCGAGCAUGCCUAGUGGCCGAUGCAUACAUAGAGGAAACCAGUGUACAUUCGAGUCAUACCAAGCAUAACCUGCGUGUCAGUGCAGUCUACUUACAGCGGGCUGUGAGGAGAACUGGCGCUUUUCUUUUGUCCUAACUAAUUAUUUCUACCACUUUAAAAAGUACUUUAAACAAACUUUGAGUUCGGGAAUUCAUUACCAUUCAGUCUCGUAUUCAAGGAAUUUAUUUUUUGCAUUCAGAAAAGUUAGAGGCUGGGCCUUUAGCUUGGUGUCGUAUCCACGUUCACAUAAUUAUUCCAAUUGCCUCGGUCGAAAGCAAAAAAGCUGGUCUUUUUGCGAAACCAAUAAAUGCUUCUUACGAAAAUGGACCUGUUGAACUACCAGUACUUGGACAAAAUGAACAACAACAUUGGCAUACUUUGCUAUGAAGGAGAGGCAGCUCUGAGAGGUGACCCCAGGAUGCAGUCCAUGACCCUGUCCUCGGCCGUCAGCAGCCACAGGACGGGGCCUCCUCCCAUCAGCCCCAGCAAGAGGAAGCACAGGCGGGACCAAGGCGACGACGACAUUGACUGCGACAACGAGCAUUUGGUCAAGAUGAGCCGGCUGUUUGCCGCACAGCUAGGCAAGCCUGCCAACGGGGACUGCUACCGCAAGGACCCCCGCGAGCGCAGCCGGAGCCCCAUUGAACGCGCCGUGGCCCCGUCCAUCGGUCUCCACGGCAACCACCCCUACGCCCACAUGCCCAGCCUGGCCAUGGACCAGCCCCUGGCACUGACCAAAAACAACAUGGACGUCGCCCGCACCAUGGCACCCAUCUCGCCCGUCGUCAGCUCGGUGGAGCGCCAGCAGAAUCGUCCAUCUGUGAUCACGUGCGCUCCGGCCAACAAACGUAACUGUAACCUGUCUCACUGCCCCGUGUCUCACAACGGCUGCUCCUCCAGCCUGCCCCCCAACUACAGGAGAACCCCCAACACUCCGACCAACACGGCGUGCGACCCCGUGAUCGAGGAGCACUUCCGCCGCAGCCUGGGCAAGAACUACAAGGAGCCCGAGCCCCUCGCCAACUCGGUGUCCAUCACAGGCUCGGUGGAUGACCACUUCGCCAAGGCCCUGGGGGAGACCUGGCUCCAGAUCAAGGCCAAGGGCAGCUCCACCAGCAGCCCCGACUCCUCCCCCUCCAACCACAUGGUCAACCACAACCACUCCCCCUCCUUGGUCUCCUGAAGGACUUGGAGCUCCGCCCCCUUGCCCCACCAGAAGACAGCCCAGCGAAGCCGCUCAGCCCUUCGGCGCCCCUGCAUGAGUUAGCCAUCCCCGCUUGGAGCAGCGCCAGUGUAUAGCCGUGUACAUAGUGAUGACGGAGGGAGGGAGGCGUUUUUUUGGUUUGGACCGUCUAACGUUUUUUCUUUUGUUUCUGUCUAUGUUAGGUUUGCGUACAGCUUUGUGUUUUGCGUUAUCUUUUGUCCAGCAUUUGAAAGGAAAGCUAGCAAAAAUCCUUUUUCUUUACCACAUGACUCCAAAGCAUCCCAACCCCCUAUGCCUUUGUUACCAAAGAUACCUCGGAUGCUAAUUUGCUACCCCCUCGAAGAAGGAAAGGAAAAAUCCAUGGAAUCCAUUUGCUCACAUUCAUCUCUUUCUUUCCCUACAUGCUUACACUCCACACUGUAGAGCUCUCCCUGAUAUCGUAUGUGUAUACUUGAAGCGAAAGGCCUGGUCCGAUUUGCACUACUGUCAAGGGAUUAAGGUUGCAUGUCGAACUCAUGUUGGAUAUACACAUGCUUAUGAAUAGAUGGCGUUUCUAGGGCAGAUUGCUGAAUGACAGUUAGGUGAUGCUGCGUUCCACCUCAGAGUUUAAAACCAAGCAGUUCCCAAAGCCAGGGGAGAGACGAUGCCCAGUUCCUUUUUCCCCCAAACACAUUUUUUGUAAGGUUGAUACUCACAACUGAACUGUGUCCUUCUCCAAACAUGGGCAUUGUGAUCACUCUGAUUAGCCCCCCUCAUCUCCCCCCCCUCGCCACCCUUUACUAAGCACUGUGGUUUGGUAGAUUUUAGGUAAGGUUUGAAGGGUAAUUGUUUUUUUGUUUUGUUUUUUUUGCUUUACAACUGCAUGUUUUGAAUAGCUGGUAUCUAUUAAUGUUUAGACAUUUCAAUCUCACUACUACUAGCCUGUUUUCAGAUGUAGUUUUAUUGUUUUUGUUGUCAGUAACAGUCCUAGAUAGACUCACUGCUGGUACAGUUUAACUCGAUAUUAUGAUUUUGUAUUCAAAUCUUCAUUAUGGUAACGGCCAGCUACACAAGGACAGCCUCCGGAUAGGCCCGGCGCUACACAUGAACCAAUCGGAUUUCUGUGACGGUAAUCCCAUGGUACAGGAUGCUGCAGCACUGUGCAUGACUGAACAUGAGCAACGCAAACAGCCAGAGACAGGUCAAAGCCUAGGAGACUUCUCUUCCGACGAGCGCAGAGAUUUCGAUGGCGUCGUAUUUUUUUCCCCCCUCUACUUUUGCGAACACGUUUUGUUUGCGGUCGGCCGGCUGCGGCAGCUUGAGGAACCGACCUUCGAACUCGUGAUCAGCCUGUACCAAGGUGUCAUACAUUCCUCCUAUAGGGAACUUAGCACAGGUGUCACCAUUUCUCUCGAUCUCAGCAUACAUAGCUACUAACUAACCAGUAAGCGAUGACUAAGGUGUCUGGUUGUGGUGAGGCCGGGGUUGUGACACUGCCCAGAGGCCUUUCCCUGUCUGUGGUCGGAUGGCCAUACAUUCCAUCACGCCAGUUCAUACUACUUCUGGACGAUGACACAACCAUUUACUCCGAAUCGGAAUCCAACUGCCAGACAGUUCUCAAAGUGGGUCUGAGUCAAACGUUUAGAGAGAGAAGAAACAGAAACAUCUGGGUAGUUCUCCACAGAUUCAUGGGUUUCUUUACGUCGUUUGUGUUCAUGUAUCGGACAUGAAAAAAAAAGUUGUGACUGAUAUUUGGCCAUCGUAAGAUAUUCAUUUAAUGUACGUAAACACAGAGGGAAUGGGCAUUGUGUCCCAAUGUCAUACUCAUACACAUUUCACUACCAUCAGUAGAUAGGAGGCUUACUCUGCUUCAGAAAACUAUCCCUACACGCUGUAGGAAAAUCACUUCAAAAAUACUUUUCUUUUUAUAUAGACCAUCAUUACGCUGUGCGUAACGAAUGUACAGAGAAAAAAAAAUCGUAGGUAUUUUUUGAGGAACAGUUAAUUUGUUAAUGACAUGUAGCUAUUUAAUUUUUUUCCCUGUCCUUUUAUUGUAAUCAUGCAUUUUCUUUUCUUGUGGAAAAAAAAAAGUUGAUCUUUUUUGUUUGUAGAGUUUGUCGAAAAGGUAAAAAAAGUGCAGGAACACAGUUAUUGUAUGGAAACACUGCGUCGAUGGCCACUUGUGUAUUAAUGCUGACAGCGAAUCAGCAGUCUCAAUGCAGAGUCGAACACCAACCGUGACGUUCUUGAUCAACCAUUUGCCUCUUGGGACAACAGAAAAAAAAAAAAAAAAAAGUGCUCAUCUGACCUGUCUGAGAUAGGUCAAUCCAUGAUUGGUCUGGGGUGGGGAGUCACAUUGGCUGUGUCGCACUAAAGGUCACCUCGAUUCCCCUGUUGGAGGAUGGAUAGAGCGUUGAUCCCCCCAUGGCAUGUUCUGUUUGGCAGUGGUCCUACCUGAGCCCUCGACCCUGCAUGGGUGUAACUAUGGAGACAAUCUGGCCAGGUAGUCAAACAGCUGUUCAACCAUGUUCAUUUAUCCAUUGAUCUCUAUGCAGGCCACGCUGGAUGGGAUGUACCCUGGGAUGUGUGACACAGCCUAUGUCCCUCAUAUAUAUAUCCUGUUGGGGUUGAAUUGCUACUGUAUUAGCUAUGUUUAUUUAACUCUAGAACCCGGGAAGACUGGUUCUGCUUCCAAAUAAAUGAGACAGAAACUCUGUGAAGUUCCUUCACUUGGAAGCUGCAUCAACGUUGUACUUCAAACUGUUUGUAAAUCUGUAUUAAACCCUCAAUCUGUGGCCCCUGUGUCUCCUUCAACUAAAAAGGUUUUGGCAGGCCAACUUUUUUUGUACUUAAAGUAGCCUCAAUGAACAAUAAAGUGCUCUUAAACCAC